UGAUUGCCUUUCCAACAUUUUCUCUUUCCUUCAAGAAGACAAGGUUGCUCUACGUGCUUCGAUAUUGGUGAACCGUCAAUGGUGUGAAUAUGCUAUCAAGCAUUUAUGGAAGGAACCAUUUCGUUUGGUAUUGGCUCUUAAGGACAGCGUUGAUUACGGAGUUCGUGAUCGAGCAAAAACUGCUAUGUUAACUGAAAUGUUAUUAAUUAGCUUGAUUAAUAAUGAAAAUAAGACAAAUCAUAUGCCACAAGCGUCUCGUAAACUUGCCUUAUUACCUAUUCCUAUCUUUAAUUAUGUCGCAUUUAUUCGUAAAAUUGAUCUUAAAGAUUUAGGACUUGCGAUUAUAGAAUGGUACGAACAUAUAUUUUCGAAAGAAUAUAGUCGAAAAACUGAUUUGAUCAAAGUUCGUAAUGCUAUUUUCGGCACAUUGUUACAACGUAGAGUUACAAGAUAUACAUCAACUAAACCUUACAAACAAGAUAAUAUCUUUAUCAAAGAGAUA